GUUCUUUGGUACUUUGGAUUCUAUUGCAGCAGAACCACAACGGUUAGUACUUCACUCAGGAGUGAGGAGCUUCAGGUGUAGGUGUGUGUGUGACUGUGUGUGUGCAUGCCACCGCACGUGUGCGUGUGUGUGGACAUUUUUAGUAUGCCUGCGGUGUGUGCUAUUCUAGGUCUGUAGCUUGUGGUAUCUGUAGAACUAACGGUGUGUGCUGAGCGUUGGUCAUGAUGUGGGAAGUGACAGAUUUUUUUUAAAAUCCUGCUUUUUCACUGGUCUUUGGAAAAUCACACAAUCUCAGUAUAAAUUCAAUAUUGGUCAUUGAUAACACUAUCGGUCCUUGAAGCUAAUGAACUGUUCAUUUUUGCGUUUCAUUCUUGAUAUUUCCUUGUUUCUCUAUCCCCUGGCCUUGAUAAUAAUAGUCCUGUUCAUGUUUGUUUGAAUGAGAAACGUUUCCUCUUUUUCCAGUGAGCUUAAGGAGCGUAUUGUUAGCUCACUGUACACAGUAUAACAAACGCAGAUGUUGUUAGCAAUGGCAGAGCCAACCCAUGGCAACCAAGGAAGCCGUAGCCAAGUGUUCGUGCUAGCUGGACUUGGGUGUGUGUGUGUGUGUGUGUGUGUGUGUGUGUGUGUGUGUGUGUGUGUGUGUGUGUGUGUGUGUGUGUGUGUGUGUGUGUGUGUGUGUGUGUGUGUGUGUGUGUGUGUGUGUGACAGGAGAGAGAGGCACUUCAAGGUCUCUGUGUUUGCAUGCUUAUUAUGUUAUAGUCAUGGAUUUUACGUCAGGAUCUAGUCGCCCAGCUUGUUCUGGUGUGGACGGUGUGUCCCAGCAUCAAUGAUUGUAUUAUUGUGUAGUUAUAGCAUAUUUAUUCAUUCAACCAAGUUUUCCCUAAACCUAAGGAGAAAGUUUUCUCUAAACCUUGGGGCAAUGUGUGUGUGUGUGUGUGUGUGUGUGUGUGUGUGUGUGUGUGUGUGUGUGUGUGUGUGUGUGUGUGUGUGUGUUGUAGCAACACCUAUGUGACUUAACUCAUGUUGUGUUUGAUGUGGAAGUUUCUUAAACCUAGUUUUUUGUUGUUGUGGAAAUCCCCCUACCGCAAACUAGCCCUUUAACUCCAUAUCACCUAACUGACUCUAAAUGUGUAAAUGAGUAAAUGUGUUUUACAGAAUGAAAGUCUUCUGAAAGAUGUUUCUGGAGCUGGCAAUGUGAUAUGUUGUUAUUGUGCAGCCCUCCCUUUUUUAAUCUUUCAAGGUUGAUCAUGAACUGUGUGAUUGAUUCUCUUCUCUAGUUGUUCAGUAAUGUUACCACCAUGUGCCUUAUGAACAUAAGAACAAGCCAAGUGCACUUCAGGAACAAUGCAUUUUGAUAUGGUCAUUAAUCAUAUUUAUUGUACGGCAAUACGUGUGUGUGUGUGUGUGUGUGUGUGUGUGUGUGUGUGUGUGUGUGUGUGUGUGUGUGUGUGUGUGUGUGUGUGUGUGUGUGUGUGUGUGUGUGUGUGUGUGUGUGUGUGUGUGUGUGUUUGUAAAUGAUCAUUACAUUACUGUACAUGACCUGUUCAUAGUUCUUCUGUAAUUUGUCCUCCCUUGACUGCGGAUCUGAAUACCUGUGUUACUGUGUUAAAUUGAGAAACGUUUUAUUAAAACACUUCACUGUUUUCACAAAACUGUCACUGUGUUUAUUAUGGCUUAAUAUAGCAGGAUUUUAAAGCAAUUGUAUCUGUGUAGUAGUCUAAAAUAAAUGCACAUUUUUGGCACAAUUUUGAAUAUGGUCUUAAUGAGCGUAACCUAUUUUUCACAGAAAAAACUUUACCUCUAGAACUAUUAAAUGUUGUAUUAUCUUAAUUAUUUCUAUAAACUAGAACAACAAUCUCUCAGACUUCACUCUUUGUAAACCACUUGCUCAUCACAAUCAAUCCGACUGUCUGACCAAUGGACGCUUCGGCCAUAGGCGCUCUGCACCAAUCGCAACGUCAAGAAUGACCAUAGUAUCCCGCCCCCUCCUCUGAGCCAGUAGAUGAACCGAUGCAGAUUUUGUCACUUGGAGUAACGUAGUACGAGAGGGGUGCCGAGACUGACGACUCAACUAUCUUACUUUUGUUUGAUUUAACUUCUAAACUCCUUUUCAUUCUCUGUGGACAGCGCGUUCGUGCUUUGGAGAUAAACUACUUCAGAAAGUUUUACAUUUGACAUUCCUCGAGGGCCUUGGUGGUAAAACAAACCGAGUUGUGGAAAGAAAGUAUGGAAUCUUAACAGAUAAACAUGUAGCCUAUUCAGCUAGCCUUUUCAGCUAACUCGAAAACACUGAUCUGAAUAGAACCUGCGCUGUGAACAAAAUCCGUUUUUCCCUCUCAUUGGGCAUUUCUGUAACUUUUCUGAGGUCUUCCAGGCUGACACGUUCGGAGUUUUUACAUUUAAUUUUGUAAAGUGUUAUUACUUCUAUUUUGUCAGCUUGUGUACUCGCAGCAACAUACUUUUUCUUCUUCUUGGAACUUAAGUACCGCUGUAGUGUCAAUCAUCAUGUCAGCAUCCUCUGCAAACUCCGCUCAUUACCAGCAACAGCGGGGUAAGCGGAGCAGCGACGGGUCCCCCACUACCUCAUCGACCCCCGGCGGCAGCCACAAUAACAACAGCAGCAGCAACAGCAUCUCCAGCCGGCUGCAGCCCAUCCGUGCCACGGUUCCCUACCAGCUAUUGCGUGGAAAUCAGCAGCACAGCCCAACCCGCUCUCCCUCCUCCUUCACAGUUGGGAGCCUCACAGGACCGACGUCUCCCGGCUGCUCCAGUCCAACAAGCCCGACGCUGCUGCUCGCCAACCCGGCUGGUAACGGCUCGGUGGACGGCCGACUGUUCGCCCGACAGAGACCCUCCCCGCCGGACAACCGGGGUUCGCCAGAGAGGUGUCCGAACUCACCGGUUUUUCGAGUUGAGCGGUCCAAGCCCCAGCAGCAGGGGUCCUCUUCGCGGUGUGCGGGCCCCAUCCGGCGAACCUCGUCCCUGGGUGCCAUCACCGGGCCCUACCUCAGUGGACACUGGCCCCGAGAACCCCUCAUCUGCUACCCCUCCUGCGUGAGAGACAAGUCAACACAGACUCCUGGAUGUUGGAGUGAAGAGGAACUCGAACAGGGGAGCACACACCAGCGCUCCGCAUCGUGGGGCAGCUCCGACCAGCUCAAAGAGAUUGCUAAGCUUCGUCAGCAUCUGCAGCGUAGUAAGCAGGCGGGUCGGAAGGAGGGAAAGGACCGCCUCUCCCCUCUGCUAGUCCCCGCCCCUCCCCAGACAAACCCCACCUACUCGGCCAUCAUCACACACCCCAGCACGGCAGACAUGGCCAGCCAGGCGACGUCCCCUAUGUCCUCCAAGCCUCCGGGGCAGGUGUCGUUGGCCAUGCCCAAGCCCUCCAUCUCCCGAGUGCCCAGCAGCAUGGAGGGCAUCAACCAUGAACUGGAGAAGGUCUUCAUCCGGGAGGGAGCAGAGAAGGAGGAGCUCAAGGCUCUGGAGGUGCCUGACGGUCGCCGGGCCCCGUUCCCCCCCCAGAAUCGUAGCAGCAGCAGCCGUAGCGUGGACACCCAGACCCCCUCGGUCCCCGGGCGCUCCUCCAGCUGCUCCUCCCUCUCCCCCUGCCCCUCCCCGGCCUGCUGCCCCCAAGGCGGCCAGCGCUCCCGCGGAGGCAGCCCCUACUCCACCGACGAGCUGCUGGAGGACCGGGACAAAGGAGAGCCAGUCUGGAGAAGGCUCAGGGGACUGUGCUGGCCCGUCUACGGUUCGCUUGCAGAGGCCGGAGUGGACAGUGGCAGUAGUUCUCCUCUGCCCAAGUUUGCCUCCUCGCCCAAGCCCAACAACAGCUACAUGUUCAAGAGGGAACCUCCAGAGGGCUGUGAGAAGAUCAAGGUCUUCGAAGAGAGCUCCCGGCCAACCAGUGCGGUGCCUCUGUUCUCCUGCCCCGACAAGAACAAGGUCAACUUCAUCCCCACAGGCUCCGCCUUCUGCCCCGUCCGCCUCCAACCAGAGCGCAGGGAUCGAGAGGGGGAGGAGAUCGAGGAGCCGGGCCCUAGCAAUCAACUGCCCACCCAGGUCUCCACCAGUACCAGCACAGAGGAGGACGCGCAGUUUGGGCAGUUUGCGCAGUUUGAUGCCGAGCAAGCCCCGCCCACCGCCGAGGAUUGCCCCCCCUCCCCGUCCUCUCCCUCACAGCAGCACAGCCUGGCCCUCAGCUAGACCCCCCCACGCUCAGAGCUGGCCUCUGGCGUCCCUUAUCUCUCUUCUCUCUCUCACACACACACACAUGCGCACACACACACAAACACACACACAGCUAGUUCGCCUCACCUGUCCACCCGCCGAGCCCCAUGCGCCCGGGGGCUGACCCUGCCCCCCUCCCCCUCUGUCUGCAUGGCAUAACAGCUACAACGUCCUGAACAAAAUCUCCUUGAUGACAAGGGACAUACACAUAUACGCAUAUAAUACACGCACAUAUUUACAUGCACACUCUCUCUGAGACUUUUACCACACCUUUUAUGUUGCUAGUGUAAUUUAUAAAGCACUGUUAGCAGGGACGAAUGCCGCGUGUGCGUGCGUACCGUGCGUGUGCCGUGAAGUGAUGCUUUGCGCAAGAAGAAGAGGAUGGCGAAUGUUGUUGGAGGAUUUUAAAAGUUGACAAAGGAGGAAUGCAGGAGGUCCACAGACUGAAGAUAUGCAAACUCAGCAGUUGACACUUUGUUUGUUUGUUUUCAUUUUCAUUGUUUUUAUUUGUUUGUUUCCUGUCGCCAUGGGAACUCCCUACGGUCCCUUCUCCCUAGCUCGUCCCUGUGACAUCAUGGCACUUCAAAUGUAGUGCCUCCAGUCACGUCACAACCACCACCACCACCACCCCCAGAGGCUUGCAACAAUACCAAAGCCAGCAUAUGACAUCACUGUUUGAUUUCAACCAAUUACAAUCAUUUGCUUUACAAGACACUGCAGUCAGACAACAAUUGUGGAUGUGCACGUUUGAUGGAAGCGUUUGUGUGUGAGUGCGCAUGUGCGUGCGCCCUUAAAUUAUAUCUGUUUGCUGGUUAUGAGCUUACACAAAGUGGACUAUUGCGUUGGUUGUGCAUAUGUGGUUAUGGUGGGAUGGGAUGGCUUCUGAGCAAAGAGAGUGUGCGCGUGUGUGAAAGAGAGAGAGAGAGAGAGUGUGUAUGUGUGAGGGGGGCAUGCUUCCGACUACGCUAGUAUGUAUAAGAGUCAACUCUGUGUCGUUCCGUUUCAGCUGCCACAGCACACAUUAGCUCUCGCCGCUCUCUCUAUGAAUA